AACACUCUCUCUCAGAAGGGUUUUUACGCACUGUACUAUUCCAAAAGCCCUGCUCCAAAAUAUUCCGAGAGAGGAGAGCAGAGGAGAGCCCGCUUCGUUUGCUCCACCGGGUGCUCAGUCGCUGCAAGAAUGGCCUCGGUCGCCGCCAGAUCCAUCUUCCGGUCGACCUCCGUACGCAGCGCCGCGUCGAGGCUGGCAUCCGGUGCCUCCAAAUCCGCUCGGUCGCCGCCUCGCGCCGCGGUCAACCGGCCUCUUUCUCAUCGGAUUUUCAGGAGUCCCGUGGAGAUGAGUGCCUGUGCGGAGACGAUGUUGCCUUACCACACCGCUACUUCCUCGGCAUUGAUGACCUCGAUGCUCUCCAUCUCUCGCCGUUCCUAUGGAUGGCUUCCUGAUGCUUGCAAUGAUGACGUGUAAUGAGUGCUCAAGGGGUUCAUUCUGUGCAAGUUCUUAGAGCUUAGAAGCUGAAUGAGCUGCAGAGCAAACCAGUUGAUACUGUGUUCUAUGUCUAGAUGGACUAACAUCAAGCUGGUUGUAGUUUCUUUGCCUUAAGUGUGAUGCUUCGCUUGGCAACCAGAAAUUUCUAUUAGGCUAAGGUUUAUAUGGGUUUUUGGUGGAACUCUUCUGCCAAGUUUUGCCUACAAUCAGUUUUUUAUCAAACAGAAUGCUGAUUCUGACGUUCAAUCAGCUUGCAAUGAUGAUGUAUGACCAACAUUGAACGGCAUCGGGACAAGUGUUGUCAAAGAGUUCAUGCAUCUGAGAGAUCGUGCAUUGAGGUCCUGGCAAUCCUGUUAUGGAAUAUUCUCUCUUUCGUCUUGUUCUCUCCUCUUGGCUUUGCUUCUAAAACAAUCCUCUUGAAUGUUUAGGAUCAAAGCUGUCAUGUUUCUCAAUCUGUUCUUUCUUUAUUACCCUGACGAGAAAGUUUUUAUAGCUGUAUUGCUACAUUACUUCUUUAGUUCAUUAUGACUAUAAUGUAAUGGCGCAGAGCAGUUUGUUUAGACCGUGCCAAAGAAGGUUUA